AUGGAAAGGCUUAAGGAAUCUGGAGGUGAUAGAGUCAUGGCCUGGUUUGCAGAAUUGGGUGACUCAUCAACUUGGAGCAAGCACAGAUUUGAUCCAAAUGUGUGUAAUGACUCCAACACCUCAAAUUUUGUAGAGAGCUUCAACUCUACUCUUGGAAUUGAUAGGUGCAGGCCAGUUCUAACUCUACUUGAAGGUAUUAGAAGAGUGUGCAUGGUUCGAAUUUCAACAAGGUAUCAAAAUGCAUUAGGAUGGAAAGAUGAUGAACUCUGUCCUAAAAUUAUGAAGGCACUGAAAGAUAUCAGCAAAGACACCAUCAGCUGCAAGGCCUAUAUGUCAAAGCCCGGAGAAAAUGAAAUUCAUGAGGGAAAAUCUCAUUUUCCCUUAUCUCUUAAUAAUAAGAUAUGCUCAUGUGGUGCUUGGAAGAUUUCAGGUAUACCUUGUAGGCAUGCCAUAAGAGCUAUGGUGCAUGCAAAAAUAGACCCUCACACUGUGGUUUCAGCUUGGUAUUCUGUGAGGACAUACAAACAGUCUUAUAGCCACCAUAUUAACCCUAUACCAGACAAGGAACAGUGGCCUGCAUAUGCUCAUUUGUCUAUCAUCAUACCACCAACACUAAAGAGGGGAGUAUGA